GCUCGCGCGCGGCCCCGUUGCUAGGCAGGAAGCGCACGGCCCGUUGCUAGGCAGGGAGGGAGCGCGCCCAGAGACCGCUGGGAGUUGCGUGGAUCGUGUUGACGUCAUCCUCUCGCGGUGCUUGGCUCUCGGUGUCAGGAGGAGGAAGCGGGAGACACCGGAGGGAGGAGCGGGGGAAACACCGAACACGAGGCCGGGCACAGAGCGAUCUCCCCGCUGCCCAGGGACCGCCCGACACCGCGCCAGGUGAGGGAGACACCGUGUGAGGCCGGGGCCCCGGAACCACGUCACAGCUUCCGGUUAGAGGCUCAUCAACGAGGAGCCAUGACAGAAAUUAGUGACCUGGACCGUCAGAUUGAGCAGCUGAGACGCUGCGAGCUCAUCAAGGAAAGUGAAGUGAAAGCUCUUUGUGCCAAGGCCCGUGAAAUUUUAGUGGAAGAAAGUAACGUCCAGAGGGUUGAUUCUCCUGUUACGGUGUGUGGGGAUAUCCAUGGCCAGUUCUAUGACCUCAAGGAAUUGUUCAGGGUGGGAGGCGAUGUGCCAGAAACAAAUUACCUGUUCAUGGGUGACUUUGUUGACCGAGGAUUUUACAGCGUCGAAACAUUCCUUCUACUCCUAGCAUUAAAGGUCCGCUACCCUGAUCGUAUUACAUUAAUCCGAGGGAACCAUGAGAGUCGGCAGAUCACUCAGGUGUACGGCUUCUAUGAUGAGUGUCUUCGCAAGUAUGGCUCGGUGACAGUCUGGCGGUAUUGUACAGAGAUCUUUGACUACCUCAGUCUUUCAGCAAUUAUUGAUGGGAAGAUCUUUUGUGUACAUGGUGGUCUCUCACCUUCCAUCCAAACCCUGGAUCAGAUCCGCACCAUUGACCGCAAGCAAGAAGUGCCUCAUGAUGGACCCAUGUGUGACUUGCUGUGGUCUGACCCAGAAGAUACGACUGGCUGGGGGGUCAGCCCGCGUGGAGCAGGAUACCUGUUUGGCAGUGACGUGGUAGCACAGUUCAAUGCGGCAAAUAACAUAGAUAUGAUUUGCCGGGCGCAUCAGCUUGUCAUGGAGGGUUACAAGUGGCACUUCAAUGAGACUGUCUUAACAGUGUGGUCUGCUCCAAACUACUGUUACAGAUGUGGAAAUGUAGCUGCCAUACUGGAGCUGGAUGAACACCUACAGAAAGAGUUCAUCAUUUUUGAGGCUGCACCCCAGGAGACUAGAGGCAUUCCCUCCAAGAAACCUGUGGCGGACUACUUCCUGUGACCUGCUUCACCAAGCUUGUCGCCUCCAUGAUCUCCUCCUGGUGUCUUUAUAACGUCUCCCCGCGCCACCUUUUUUUUCUUUCACCCUCUUACUCUGUGGGACCAGCACAACCUUACGAGGGAGGGAGUUUGCUGGUGUCACCUUUGCAGAACAUUGCUCUUUGCACCUCCCCCUUUUUUGUUCUUUUUUCUUUUUUUAAAUGUCUCUUUAGAAUAAUGUGCUGCAGAUCUCCAGAAGGGGGCGCUGUGAUUGGAAGUGGAGUGAGGACCUUUCCUGUGUGAAAAGGGUGUCAAUGAAGCCUUUAAACGGAAUGAUGGGCUUUCAUGUCUUAUGUAGGGGUGUGGGAGGGAGGGGAGACAGUAAUGCUCUGCAGGUUUCUUUAGCAAGGAUAAAAGUAACUGAAUCAAACCCUACAAUGGAUGUGCUGCAUCUCAGAAAUGAAGAUGUGCUGAUUCUCUGCAGAACUUCAAAGAAGGUGUAAAGGAGAGAUGCAUUCAGGGGUGGUGGGUUUUGGCAAUGGUAUGCAAAGAAACCAAUUUUUUUUUUUGUCUUUUUAGGCAUUUUCAGGAGUUUCUUCCUCAAUUUUUAUAAGAUUCCUAAAACCCAGCUCCAGUCAUUCCUUUCUGUUCUACCCUGAGCCCCAGUCUCUGUACUAUCUGCUUAUGGUCCUAUUCUUUUAGGAAUUGUCAGCUUGGAGUGCCUUAGUGCUCAUGUACUGGGUCUAAUGGCCCCAACAGGUUCCAGGAUAAGGUGGUAUAAUCUUAAUGUUUUGAGAACACCCGUAAGAUGCCCUGCAAGCGCUGUCACAGAGAUGGGGCGCAUUGCAUGGUGCUAUGGUUCUACCAACUGAAGGAGUGGUGUUUUUGUAUUCUUCCAGCAGCGGUAUUAAGACCAAGGUUUUUUUUUAUCACCCCACCCUUCCCUCUCCCCCUAUAACCAUGUCUUGGCUAUAUGAUGGAAGCAGUCACUGGUGACUGGCGUGGUUGAAAUGUUUGUAACAUAUUUCCGCAACCUACACUGGAUUGAUUCUCCCUAAUUCUUGGCCUUUUUUUAAAUAAAUACCCCCCCUCCCCUUUCCUUUCUGUCACUUGUAGGUAAAAUGUGGUUGUGUACUUUCCCAUCUCUCCCACACCCCUGUCCUGCUUUCACCAGACAACCAUUUCUAUUUUUAUUUGACUUUUUGGUAGAUACAGCUAUGGAAAUCUGCUAAUAAAACAAGAAAAUGCAAUAAAAAAAAAAAUGGAAAAUU